CUUCCUUUCCCGGCGCGCGCGCCCUGGUUGCCUAGCAACCCCUGCGCUUCCUUCUCAACCGCAGCCAUGUCGGAGGAAGAGGAGGCGGUGGCGGAGGCGGAGGAGAUUAUUCGGAGCCAGAGGAUCUUCCUGAACCACUUGGACACCUACGGAGGCAGCAACAUGGGGAGGGUGAGGGCCGGAGGCGGAUAGUCGCAGAGCGUCGGUGGGUUGACGCGGCCCGGUAGCCAGGGCCGCCUCGCCCAGGAGGCAAGCUGAGGCAACCGCUUCGGGCGUGCAGGACCCACAGGGGUAGCAGGUUCUCCGCAGUUCCUGAUGUAGCUCUUUAUUCCCCACCCUCUUUCCCUCAUAUAUAUCUUCACUCACCCCUUUCUUCUUAAUGUUUUAAUGUUGUAUUUUAAUCUUGUUUUUUAAAUUGUAUUUUUUUUCCAAAAAUUUUUUUAUUGGUUUUCACAACCUUAUAAACAAACAAACACAUAAGACAUACAAACAUAAAUCAUAGCCUUAUUGAAAAUUACACUUAUUAACAUUGUUAAGUGACUUCCUCGUUUCCCCUUGGUUGAAUUUCAUUGCAUAUCCUUUUAACGGUUUUCCAAAUCACAGUUCUUAUAAAAUUUAACUUAAACAUUUAACAACCUUAGAUCUUCACAUUAUAAAAUUAAACAUAUUAAUUCAUCACUUAACAUAAAUAAAAUCCUAAGCCAAUUAAGUAUCUGCAAGCUGUUUUUAGUUAAUUUAACUUAACAUAUUUAAGUAAUCAUUAAAUUUAAUCCACUCUUCCUGAUACUCCUCCUCCUUCUGGUCGCGGACUCUUCUGGUUAAGUCGGCUAGCUCCGAAAAAUCCAUCAUCUUCAUCUGCCAUUCUUCUAUCGUGUUUUUUAAAAUGUAUUUUAAUCAACUUGUUUUUAUUAUUGGUUGUUAGCUGCUCUGAGCCCAGUCUUGGCUGGGGAGGGCGGGGUAUAAAUAAUUUAUUAUUAUUAUUAUUAUUAUUCCCUGGAAUGGCACCCUUUUGUGGUUUGCCUCUGGUGUCAAAAUGUCUUGGGGCCAGCCCUGCCAGUGGCCCACCUGGUCCAUCAUCCUGUUCUCGCAGUGGCCAACAUAGGUGCCAAUUCCCUGGGUGAUCGAGCAUCCAUGAAAUUUCUGGGGCCAGGCACCCCCACAUUUCGGUGCUUGCACGCCGCAUGCACCCACAGCCCCCGGGGCACCGGCAGUUGUGGGGCCAAGUUGGCCAACCAGACACAAGCAGGAGUGUUCUCGCCACCUGUGGUUUCCAGCAGCUGGUAUUCAUUCAGAGGCAUUGGGAAUUGUACUCCCAGCUACACUGCGGGGUGGGCAAGGUUGAGAAGGGCUGAUCUGAUGUGUGAAGAAACUACUUUUUAUCUUUUAAUACUUCCUCCCCUCCACACACUCAAAAAGAACCCGUUUGUGUUUUCCAACUGCUUUGGGGGAGGUAAGAAAAAGUGAACGUGAGGUGUUACGCCUGGUCGUUUAAAAUAAAAUGCAACACACGUGAAACAUGUUGGUUCGUAAAAGAAAGGGGGUGGACAGAUCCCAAAGCCCACAGCUGGAGAACAUGAAACUGUGUGUGCAAGUUGGCGGUUCGAAUCCGCACAAUGGGGUGAGCUUCUGUUGCUCUGUCCCAGCUUCUGCCUACCUAGCAGUUCGAAAGUACGCCAGUGGAAGUAGAUAAAUAGGUAUUGCUGCGGCGGGAAGGUAAACAGUGUUUCCGUGCGCUCUGGUUUCCAUCACAGUGUUUUGUUGUUCCAGAAGCAGUUUAGUCAUGGUGGCCACACGAUCCGGAAAGCUGUCUGUGGACAAAUGCCGGGUCCCUCAGCCUGAAUGCGAGAUGAGUGCCACAACCCCUUAGUCGCCUUUGACUGGAUUUAACCGUCCAAGGGUCCUUUACCUUUUAGUCCUGUUAAUGAAAAUAUUGUCCAGGUGUGGAUGUUGGAGUUUCAAAAUAAAAUGUCUAUCCUCAGAUGACUUUAAAGGUUAUUUAAAAUAUAUACAUUUAUUACAUUUCUAUCCCAGCCUUCAUUCUUCUACAGAGCUUCUAGCAACUUUCAUGAUUCUUCUCCCUUCCCUAAUUUUGCCCUCACAGCCAUCUUAUGAGGAAGGUUGGACAGAGGUAUAAACAAUGGUUUAUUGUUUCCAGAAUGUGUCACAAUAUGCUUUGGGUUUGUCUGCUCCCAUUUCCCCCUGCUUCAUAUGCAUGGUAAGGAAACUGAAGCUCUGAUCAUCAUUUAACAAGCUAAAUUUUGAUUUGCACUGUAUUUGGACACAGCAAAAAGGAUUCAGGUUCUCUCAUUUUACACAUGAAGGGGGAGUGGACAAGCCCAUAGCUCAUGGCAGCAUGUUGUCAUAGCAACACACCAUGGUAUGUUGUUAUGUCCAAAUGAGCACAAUUAUGAAACAGAAAACUGAUUACCAUAUCACUAUGAAUGGAAUUCUCUCACACUAUCCCAUUGUCAUUUCUUGUAUACUUCAAGUAUCUAGCGAGCUGUACUGUUGGAGCCUCUCUGGAAGAAGUAGCAGAGGAAGAGGAAGAAGAAGAUGAAGGUAGAUCAGCUGUUGAAAUUUCACCUCUGAAACCAAAGGAAGGAAUAUACCAAGUGGUGGGAACUCUUUUACAGGAGACUAGUACAAAACCAGAUUUUGCUGUGGAAGCAUAUGGAGUGAGUAUUACACUUCUUUAAUUUACUAAAAUACUUGGGGAUAUAGGUGGUCACCUUUAUUAAACGGCAGGAAAAGAAAUCAAUAAAUCAAAAGAAGGUAGUAUAAUGUAUAGCCACAUAAACAUUUGAUAAUUCUGUAAAACCUAAAAGCUACAGUCUACAGUAGCUAAAGUUUGUCAGGGCUAACCAAUGAGACUUAAGGAAGUCAUCAUGACUGAGAGCCUGGCUUUGACAUUUGCCAUGAGAGAACAGCCUGAGUCUACCUUUUGAGAAUUCCGAACAUGGUUAAGCCAGCAGUCAGAACACUAGAGUGGAUCACAAUCUCUCACACUGUAAAAGAAGAACCUUCAGCCACCUCAUCUAUAUCCAUUGCUUCACCCUGCUUAUCUCUCCCUCUUUAUUCACUGCUUAAGUUCACCCAGUCAGUGCAAUAUCCAAGUGCCAGCAGUCAGGGAAGUUAGACGGGAUGAAAUGGCAAUGGAGAUAAAAGCCACAAUGAGCUAAUAAGAAAUUGAUUUUUUGACGGAAUAUAUAUGCUGGAGGGAAUAAAAGCAGGCCCUAUCUAAUUAUACUGUAAGGUCCCUUCAGGAUCCUCCUGGAGUGAAAGAUAGUUAUAAACCAACCCAGCAGUUCAAAAGCAUGCCAGUACAAGUAGAUAAAUAGGUAUUGCUGCAGUGGGAAGGUAAAUGGUGUUUCCGUCCACUCUGGUUUCCAUCACGAUGUUCCAUUGUGCCAGAAGUGAUUUAGUCUGUGGACAAACGCCAGCUUCCUUGGCCUGAAGCAAGAUGAGUGCUGCACCCCAUAGUCGCCUUUGACUGGACUUAACUGUCCAGGUAGGGGUCCUUUACCUUUACCUUUUUUAUAAAUCAAAUAAACAAAAAUCCCCAUCACCCAACCCCAGCUUCCACUCUUUUAAAAUUGUUAGAGGAUAAAAAAAUAGAGGAUUUUCUUCUUCUUCUUUAAAAACGAAGGAUUGAUUGCUAAAAGUUAUUACUAAAUAGAGGGAAAUAAUUCCUCCUUAUAGCUUUUGUUUGUUUUUAGACAUUUUCUCGAGAAGAGCUGCUAGCUCGCCUGUUAGAGUGUGACAUUAUUAUUUAUAACAUCACUGAAGAUGUAAAACAGAUUGAGGAAGCAGUCUGGGCAGCUACUGGUUAGUACAAUUUGUUCUUUAUCUGAAAUGGGCAUGACACAUUCAUCAACUUUGGGAAGUGAAGCAGUAGAUCUAGUGUGAUUCAGCAGAUUGAGACCUCAAAUUGGCACUACCUGAGUUCAAAUCCCUCAGCCUUGGACUUACCUGGUGGUAUUGGGGGAAUUCAGUUUCUUAUCCUCUUGUUAGAAGAGCAUAGUUUGGCUUAGCUCACACAUACAUAUUUAAUCAUGCAUGUUGGGUGAAUGUUUGCUCAAAUGACUGUGCUGGUUUAAAUGGUGUGGUCAAGUUGAAUAGGUGCACAAUAUCUGAAUUAGAAAUUAGAUGAUUUGCCGAUUUCUAAUGUAGUUUAUGCCCAUCUCUGUGGCCUAAUCCAAAAGACUCUGCCUGGGAUUGACUGUGUAUAUCCCAGCAACCAAGGUGUAGAGCCCGGGAAAACAUGGGCAAUUGCCAUUGGAUGGGAAAUGGCUGUGUGUGGACUAAUCUCAGACUAAACCAUUCCAAAUGGCUGAUCUGUGCUAUCACUGAACUUCUUACAGGGCCACAUGUAUAUAAUCUUAUUAGCUGAAUCAUAGGAGGAAUCCUAUACACAGCUUCCAUUUGCACAUCUGGUUUUUAUUCAUUUUAUUUUGUUUUUUCAUAAAAAUUAUAUACGCUUGAUUGUAAAAAAACCUCAAAGUGGUUAACAAAGCAGGUUACUCAUUUAGAUAGUGAUCCACAUACUGAACCAUCUAGCUGGAUCAAAAUUGUGUGUAAAAGCUCGAUGUCUCCCAUUCUGAGCCUCCUCCACCCACAGGCUUCUGAAAUAUCUUUGGAUGCAUAACAAUGGAUUGCUAUCAGGGGUGAAAGUGAGAAGUCUUGAUAUGUGUGUGCAAGUCUUUGUACAGCAUUAACCUUAAUUUGGGGAAAGAAAACAUUUUGCCUGCAGAACAUUGUCAUAAAAUGUAAGUAGAGGAUUUUUUUAAAAAAAAACAUUUAGUAACAUAUACACUAUAAUGUAAUUACACAGCAAUACAAGCGGAAUCAUCAAAGUUUGAGAAGCAGAAAGUGUUCAUUCUGCUUUCAACAAUAAUGACCUGGGCAAGAAGCAAACCUCUUGAUCCGGUGAGUGGUAGAAAAAGUCAAGAAACCUCUGACAUUUAUUGACCUCAGCAGGUAAACCUGCACUUGAAUUAUUUGCCUUCCAUAAAUUUUAGUGACAGAAUAUAUGGUACAGGCUCAUUUCUCAAACUUGCAUGGCACAGUUCCAUUUGAACUGCAUUUCCUUUUUAUAUAUAUAUAGUUUCUAGCACAAGAAGCAGGGAUUAAUUCUUACUAUUCCAUACAAUGACUCUUCAAUUAACUAAUAUUAGGAAUGCAAUUAUUUACUUUAAAAAAUCAUUUUGCUUUGUCAAAAUAAAAAUUGAAUGAUACCAAAGGAUACAGUUUUAGAAAUCUUUAUUUUUUCUGUUUACUUCUCUCCACCCAGGAAGAUCCAGAAAUACCUUUCACUGAAGAAGACUAUCGUCGAAGAAAACCCCAUCCUAAUUUUAUAGAACACACUAAUGCUGAAAAAACUAUUACCAAACUUGGCAAAAUUGUAAGUGUUAAUGGAAAAGGUUAAGAGCGGUAGUCUCCUAAUCUGGGGAACCGGGUUCGCGUCUCCGCUCCUCCACAUGCAGCUGCUGGGUGACCUUGGGCCAGUCACACUUCUUUGAAGUCUCUCAGCCCCACUCACCUCACAGAGUGUUUGUUGUGGGGGAGGAAGGGAAAGGAGAAUGUUAGCUGCUUUGAGACUCCUUAAAGGGAGUGAAAGGCGGGAUAUCAAAUCCAAACUCUUCCUCUUCUUCUUCUUCUAAAAAGAAAGAUGGAGAGUGUAUCUACACUACAAAAUUAUAUAAAUUUUGUGAUGGAUUCUGAGACUUGGGGGGGGGGGGCACCAGCCAGUUUCUGAACACCACAAUCCAAAUUAUCUCCCUCUCUGUAUAAGGAAAGGAGGCAAAACACCUAAUCCUUGGCACCUAAUCCUAUGACCUGCAGUGUUAACAGUGGACUAUUGCAUGGUGGCUGAGCAGUUGUAACCUAGGUUUGUUGCCAUCUGUCUGUCUUGAGAGACAGUGGAGUAUGCCCCAGGGUGAAGUGAAACCGCUGUGUUAGCACUGAAGUUACCUUCCUGGGGCGCAAGCCUUGGCAGUGUUUAUGGAGGUCCUGGGCUGCCCAGACGUCAAGCCCCCCCUCCCCCUCGGCCUCACUGAUGUGGACCAAAGGAAAGCAGAGCAGUAUUUUGAUACCAGCUUGGUUGCAGGAGUUGCUGGAAGGAGGCGUACAAGAUGCCUUCCAAUAGCCUUAGUAACUCCAUUCCAGAUUUGUGUAGAGUUUACUCCUUUGCCUUUUCUUAUGCUAUUUGUCAUCUUCGACUUGUUGUGGAAGGGCUGGGUAUAAAUGGUUUAAAUAAAUAAGAAAAUGAAUAACUUGCCUUAAAUUAGGUUUGUAAAAUGUUUUUCAUUUUUUAACACAAUAACUUUUACUCUUAUCAACAGGCGAAAAGCAAAUUUAAUACGUAUGUUGUUGCUUCUGGUGUUCAGUAUGGAGCUGAAGAAAAGCUUUUACACUACUUCUUUAAGGUAGAUAUAUUUCAAGGUAAUUUAGAUUAUAGUUAAUAUUGCAGAACUCGUCAAAAAGUGGAUUUAAUACAUUCUUAAAUCUGUGAGCAUGCGGAAAGAUGUCCUCUAUUGGAAUUAGAUGCUAGACUAGAUGGAUGUUUGAUUUGAUCCAGCAAAAUUUUUCUUAUGUAGUAAAAUGAAAUGGCAUUAGGUCUUUACAAGUUUAGCAGAGGAUUUACUUCUGGUUCAGAAAACCAUGUACUGAUAUGAAAAUUUCUUAAAAUAUAACUAGCAGGGUGCAGACUUCCAGCUGCCUGGACACCAGUGUUGACCAUAUUGCAUCUGGAAGAAAGAAAAGGAACUAGGAACUGUGGUUUACCCCUCAUAGAGCUACAAUUCCCAGCACUCAUAACAAACCACAGUUCCCAGGAUGCUGGGAUGAGGGAAUGUGCUUUAAAUGUGUGGUGUGUACAGUGGUGCCUCGCAAGACGAAAAGAAUCCGUUCCGCGAGUCUCUUCGUCUUGCGGGUUUUUUCGUCUUGCGAAGCAAGCCCAUUAGCGGUUUAGCGGAUUAGCGCUACAGUAUUAGCGGCUUAGCUGGCUUAGCGGAUCAGCUGAUAAGCGGCUUAGCGAUCAGCUGUUAAGCGGCUUAGCGAUCAGCUGUUAAGCGGCUUAGCCGAUCAGCUGAUAAGCGGUUUAGCGGCUUGGGAAAAAGGAAAAAAACCCCGCAGGAACUCGCAAGACAUUUUCGUCUUGCGAAGCAAGCACGUAGGAAAUUUGUUUUGCGAAGCACCUCCAAAACGGAAAACCCUUUCGUCUAGCGGGUUUUCCGUCUUGCGAGGCAUUCGUCUUGCGGGGCACCACUGUAUGCAGCCACAGUGUUCUCCCCUCUGUGUAACAGAUGAAGGAACAGCAUAAGAACUGAAAUGGUUGAGCUGUAGAUAUCAGUUUUUCCUGAUCGUGCUACUGGGUGCAUUAAGGCUGUUCUCCAGCUUACUUAUCAGUCACUAAAGAAGGCACAGUCAGCCUAGGAAGAAAUAAAGGUAGACAUGGAAAUACGGAAAGAGAUAAGAGGGAGAGGAGAAUGUUGUGGCAAGCACUGUGUUCGAGUUGGGAAAUUUAAAUGAGUUGCUGUAUGGAAUCUACGCUAUUUUCAUUGAGCAUUUUAAAUCUGCAGUUCUUACUGUGUUCCUCUGUCAGCAAAUCUGAUCAAGACCACCACUAUUAGAUAUGUUCCAAUUCUUCUUAUACAGGAAUAGUCCCUAUUUUGUCUUCCAAGGGGACUUUUGAAGAACGCCUUUUAAGAACGUCUUUAAUUUGAGUUAUUGGAAUUGCCAUUCUCAGAGAUUUGGGUGCUAAGAGUGCCCCAAGGGUGUCCUAUUUUCUUCUUUGAAAUAUUGGAGGUGUGCUGCUAUUCCUUGUUUCUGAAUGGAGGACUGCAAUGGAGCACAUGGGAGACUUGCCCUAUGCCGCACAAUAGCUCCAUGGUAGAGGCAGAACUUGUACCCAUGUCUCACAAGUUGACUUUCUGUGGCCAAGUAUGGUAUGGCCUAAAUCUGCCUCCUUUAAAAUAUAAAAUUUGGCAGGUGUGGAAAAAAACACUAAACAGCAUCGGAAUGCUAAGUUACAAUUUAAUGAAGGAGCAAUGAGUAGCCCUAAGCAAGGCCAGGACCCCAGCAGGAGCCAUUACUGAUUCCCCCCUUUAAAAUAUUCUGGCCUAAUGCUUCAAGCACUACCGGGCACCUGGGUCUAGCUGCCAUUGUAAUUUUCUACAUUGCCCUUAAGUGACAUUACACCAGAAGCACUGGAGGAAUUAUAAUGGCAGCUAGACUCAAAUAAUUGAACUACUGCUGCUGUCACUACCAGAGCUUAGCAAUUGAGGAAGGGGUCCAUCAGGGCCCCCUCAAACUGGGCUUUAGGAGUUUUGCAAAAGAAUUUGUUCAGUGUUAAUUAGCAUAUGUGUUCUGCGUCCUAAAAAUGCAGUGAAAUAUGCGGUCUCUUGUGUUGGUGAAGAUGCAUCAGUGGUGACAGGUCACAGGAACAUGUGCUUUUUCAUUAGGCACCAAUUUAACUCUUUGUAUAUACCUGUUGUUUUUGUCCAUGGAGUUUUCCUGGCAAGGAUACUAGAGGGCUUGCCGGUUCCUGCUCCAGGUGGAUCACGUUUAGUCAAAACCCUCCACUGUGAUCCAUCUGGGUCCUGCACAGCAUAGCUCGUAGCUUCUCUAAGUUAUUCAAGCCCCUUCGCCACAACAAGGCAGUUAUCCAUGAACUCUUUCACCUUCAUUUGCAUUUUCUUUUGCAAGUAUGUGAAAACUUGCAAAGCUGUGGAACUCAGAUCCUAUAAAACAUGUUGUUAAUUUGACUCCUCUAGCUGAUGAGGUAGCAACUGGAGUGAGUGAUUCCUCAUUCACAUAUACUAAAGUUACCAACUUAGGAUACUCUGCAAUUAUUUUUCCAGUUAUCUUGGCUUGGUGAGACUCCAGCAAUACCAAUUUUUGGAGAUGGACGAAAUGCUAUUCCAACCAUUCACAUUGUUGACUUAGCAGCGUAAGUAUACUUCUUAGCCAUGCCUCACUUCGGGGUUAGAAUCAUAGUAUCAUAGAGUUGGAAGGGACCCAAGGGUUGUCUGGUCCAACCCCCUGCAAAGCAGGAAUCUCAGCUUCCAUCUUCUUCCUUAAUGAGAAUCAGUGUUACCCAAAGGUAUGCCUAUCUGUUCAGGUUCCAGGAAGGAUGACUUUUAAAUUUGAUUUCAUUUUUUGAGACAUCCUAAAAAGGAAUCAUGCCUAAUAUUGUAAAAUAAACUAAGACUUCAUUGUCCUUAGCAAGAGGCAAACUUUCAUGAACUAUAUUAGUACCUUUCUCAUUUUAUGUUUUAAAUAAUAAGUUCAUGGAAGCUUCCAUAUACCUGGUCAGUCUCUUGGCCCCUCUAGUCAAUGUUGUUAACACUGACUGGCAAUGACUUUCCAGGGUUUCAUGCAGGAGUUUUCCCCAGCCCUACCUGGAGAUAAUAGGUCUUGAAUCAGGGGCCUUUUGCCUGAAGAAGCAUGUACACCAUUGAGCUAUGUCUCUUCCAUAUAAUAGUUGCAGUUAGUUACUAUGGAGCAAGAUAAAUUUCUUAAAAAUGAGAUAGAAGCCAUUACAGUGGUACCUCUAGUUAUGAACUUAAUUCGUUCCGGAGGUCCGUUCUUAACCUGAAACUGUUCUUAACUAGAGGUGUGCUUUUGCUAAUGGGGCCUUUAGCUGCGGCUGUGCCACUGGCACACGAUUUCCGUUCUCAUCCUGGAGCAAAGUUCUCAACUUGAGGUAACUCUUCCAGGUUAGCAGAGUUUGUAACCUGAGGCGUUUGUAACUCAAGGUACCACUGUAUUGUUAUUUAUUAAAUUUGUAUACCACCCUUCAUCUGAAGAUUUCAGGGUGGUUCACAGCAUAAAAAUACAAGAUAGAAACACGAAAUACAUAAUAAAAACAAAACAAUGCCUCACCACAAGCUGCUAUCUGACUACAACUACAUCCACUGAUUUUUGUUCCUUCUAUAUAAUUUGUAUUUUAAGUCUCCUGCCUUACAUAUUGAGGAGGGCUUGGGGAAAUACCUUUUUACAUUUGUGCUCCCUCCAAGUUCCUUGCGGCAGAGUCCAACCAGAUCCUUGGCAAACCUUCCAUUUGAAAGGGUUGGGCCAUCCUGAUAUUCCAGCUGCAUGGGUAUGUCUCAGCCGUGACAUGUGAGGGAUAUCUUCAUUUAAUGCCAGCUAGUUUAGACUGACUGGGUUGGAUCCAAAAUGCCCUUCUGCAAAUUGCAUGAGUCAUUCCAUUCACAGUAUGGCGACGGAUUCUUCCAGAAAUUUAAGGGAAAGGCAACUUUUGCCAACUUUUUUCUCCUGUAGCUCCUCCCAUUCUAACCUUCUGGAGCAGAUUUUUAGUUAGUUGCAGAAGGAAGGAGGCAUCAUAUAAACUUGUCUCCCUGAGACUUAUAGUACUUGUAUUCUGUAUAUUUAUUCUAUAUUAAUGUUAAUAUAGAAUAUAUAUAGCGACUGACAACUGUAUCUUUUGUUUCCUCCCCUGCAGAGUGUUACAGAAUAUAGCAGAUCAUAGGCCAAGAACACAUUACCUUAUUGCAGUGGACGAAUCAAUACAAACUUUUAGUGAAAUAGUGAAGGUAAAGCAGUUUAAGACUUUUGACUGUCAUGUGUGUAUUAUUCUUUCUUAAAGACUUUGAACCUCUGCAACAAAUCUUGAGGACUGCAGUCCUAAAUCAGAGGCAGGGAACCUUUUUCAGACUAAAAGCCACAUUCCCUUAUGACCUACCUUCCAGGAACAACUGCUUGCCAAUAUGUGGCAUAUAAUAUAUACUGAAGGAAGAACAGUUCUCACAUCUACACUGUCUGAUUGUCCCCUUAACCUAGGGCUGCGACAUAUUUAGCAAAUACAUCCCUAGUCCUUGAUCAGUCUGUAUGCAUAGGAGUGAGUGGUGGGUCACAUCCAGCCACAUUAAGGCUAAACUGCUGUGGAUGCAUAACAAAAUUCGGCUGAGCCCUGUAGUCCUGGGGUUAUACACUGAUCACUAGAAUAUGUGUAACACCUUCAUUAUGUUAUGAAUUACUCGAUUAACUAACGGUCUAUGAUGAGCACCAAGCUUCCCAAGCUGUAUUGAAAUAAUUCCUAAAAGCAGUUCUAUGUGAAAAAUUAUUUGCAGGUCAAUAUUUGUGGGCAGUGAAUACCCCUUAUACAAAACUGCCAGAGAAGGGCUGUUGGAGAUUAUUCUAAAAAAUGUUUCGUAUUGGCCUUUGUAAUAUAAAGUUGACAUGGAGUGCAAUCUGAAAGGGAGGGGAAAGGAAAACUGAAGGUGGUUGAACAGUGUUUUCCUGUGCUUUGGCAGUUUCGUGUAGCAGAGUGAAAGGAGUGUCUGCAUUUUUCCUCUUUCUGUGGUUUGUUUUAUUAUUAUUAUUAUUAUUAUUAUUAUUAUUUAAAAAAAACAGUUGUACCUCUCACUGAUCACCUUGGAGCCCUGAUGUUAGAGAAGAACCACCUGCAAACCCUUCUGCAGCCUCCCAUAAGAUGCUUUCAAAGUUAGAUUUCUACUUAAUGUGGGCCUGUUUCUCCACCUACAAAAAAGGAGCUCCAAUGGAUCCUCUUGCCCCCUCAGGGCCACAGCAUUGCUGAAUAGGAAAAAUAUGUUAACUGCAAAGCAGGUGGCUCAGUCCACUAUGACAGCUUCCAAAAUUUGCAGCAAUUUUGUACAAAGGAAUACGAUGCGAUGUUGCAGGGAUUGUUCUGAACAAAUAAUAAUUUUUGGUGUACUGUGCUUUUUUUGUUGGCACCUGACUACUCGAUAAUUGGUUCUUAUUGUUAUGGCCUUAUGGCUUAAAACAAUUAAUAAUCUAUUUUUAUUCUUCUUUCUGUAUGUGUGAUAUUAAUUACUGCUGCAUUUAAAACUUACCCAGUAUUUUUCUUUGUAACAGUGCAUCAGCAGAAAUGUUGGUCCAGGAAAAACACAGAAGGUUCCAAGAGAAAAUGCUUUACUAAACAAAGAUUUAACGGUAUUUGUUUAAUCUUCCAAUAUUUUCUGCCAGAGAAGAUAACAGCACUCUUUAAUGCUAAUGGAUUAAAGAACCCUGACAUGACUUUAGUGGCGACUGCCUUGUACUGCUUUUCUUUUUUACGGGGAGGUGUUUACAGGACUGGGUUAGGAUUGGGAGUCACAGCAACUGCUAGUUACAGUUUUAAAAAGAUGUAUGCAGUGCCAAAUUAUAUAUUUAAAAUCAGGUCAGUAGUCAAGCUUUUUAAUCAACAGGGAGAAUGCGAGAGAGAAGAAGUGGACUUACUGGAGAGAAUGUGGGAGUCAAAAUAAAUGAAUGGCUUUCAUACUUUAUGAGCUUAUUUUUCGGUCCAGUUAAAGGUCUUUUUUUUAUUUAUGUUGUAAAGCCUUAUAGAAGCUGGGCCCUGAUUAUUUCAAGCAGCACCUUCCCACAUAUUCUAGGUUUUAUUCUCUUGUGAGGUUGGAUUAUCAUCUACCAAGGACAGGGCCUUCUCAGAGGUGGGCAUGGAGAUAUGCUCACACUUGAGAAGCUCAUUAACUUUUUCCCUGAUUGUGUUUUGGAAACAGCUUAAAACAUAUUUGUGGUGUUUUAAUGAUUUUAUGUGCACUGCCAUGAUAUUGUUCUCAUGAGCUGGUGAUGUAGAAAUACUCUUAUUUAGAAAUACUCGUAAAUAAGUAUGCUGCCAAGCAGUUCAAAACUGAGAUUUUCCAUUUCUCUUAAUGUGUAUUUUACAAUUUUUAAUUAGUUUUACAAUUGUGGUGUUAUACUUUGUAUUGUUUUCAUCAAUGCUGUGUUGAAAGGUCAUUCGUAAAUACUGUUAAUAAGAGUGCAUCAUUAUAAUAAAUUAUUGCACUUUCUUUAGCAAGAACAGUUGGAUGAAUUACUUGUGAACUUGCGAAUGGAAGCUGUAUAUUUGAAGGAGAAUUUCAACAUUAAGUGGGUUGCUCAAGCAGGAAUAGUGGAGCAUAUUGAUCAAGUAGUGAAGGAAUACAAGCAAAGUCGAGGCUUACUGGUAAAUAAAUAAUAUUUUAUGUUAUUUUAUAAUCCAUAGGUGGUGCAAUGUAUGCUCUUACAAGAGGAAACGUGAAAUAUCCCAGGAAACCAUAGUAUUUGUUUUUUGGAGGGACUGCAGUCUAAGCCACUGAGUCUCUUUGGCUUAACAGUUGUUAGGUUGGCAGCUCGAAUCUGCGUGACGGGGUGAGCUCCCGUUGCUUUGUCCCAAUUCCUGCCAACCUAGCAGUUUGAAAGCAUACAAGCUUGAGUGGAUAAAUAGGUACCACUGUGGCAGGAAGUUAAACAACGUUUCUGUGCACUCUGGCAAUCAUCAUGACCCAGAAAAGCCAUCUGCGGACAAACGCUGGCUUUCUUGGCCUGAAAGCGGAGAUGAGCGCCACACCCCUAGUCAAAUUCUACUGGACUUAACCAUCCAAGGUUCCUUUACCUUUACUAUUUAUUUAUAUAUUGUAAAAUGUUGCUAGCAGGGAGUAAGUUUCAUUGGACUCAGUAGGGCUUACUGAGCAGAGUGGCUAUUUCCUUUCAUUAAAAUCAGGGGUGGGGGGUGGGGGAGAGAGAUACUUUGUGUCAGGUCUGAGGCUAAUGUAGUGCUGUUGAUGGUAGGGAGGGUGGUUGUAGUCAAGGAGGAUAAGGUACAACUUAGUGUCCCGUUUCCCUGUGCUUUAACCAUUCCACCGCCACAUCUCCACUUGUGGAACAACACCACCAGCAUUGUUUUCCAUCAACAAUUCCACUGGCAUAUUUGUUGUGGUGGCACUAUAUAUUCCAUUUCACCAACUGGCCAUAUUUGAGUAUAGGGUGGUACCCUUUGCCAUUCGUUUUACUUCUGGCCAUGGGAUGCAAAGACUAGCUAUUUUAAUAAACACAUUUCCAUGUCUUCUCUUUCAGCCCGUCAAGAUUUGUAUUCUUGGCCCUCCUGGGGUAGGAAAAACUUCCAUUGCAGAAGAACUGUGUAAACAUUACAAGGUGCACCAUAUUAAAAUAAAGGACGUGAUUGCUAAAGCCAUAGAAAAUUUGGUAAGCAGGUCACUGUUUCAUUGUAAAUAAACUGAAAAGUUGUUAGCAAAAUGUGGGCAGGAGACAUAAUUAGCAUUGGAUGCAGUUGAAAAUAAGUUGUUUACGGUUCAUUACAUAGCUCCAGACUGUGCAUUUUAUCUUUCUUGUUCUGAUGUUUGAUAUAAUCUCUUCCUCCAGUAAACAACUCAUUGGUAUUCUGCUGCACUAUUUCAGUAGAAAUAUUAGAAUAUUUACAGACCUAUUGUCAAAUAAUAAACUUCACUAUAGUGCCGUUCUUAGCCUUAUCGAUACAAGGAUCAUAAAGAUAAUAUAUUGAUCCAAUUUCAGCUAGCUUAUAGACAUUUAUGAACAUGGUCCACCAAAAGUUAACUUAAUUGUGCUGAAACAGGCUUCAUUUUGACUUGAUUCUGUCAUCAAUUUCCAACUUAGGCUGUAACCCUUUGCACACUUACCGAGAGUAGUUGAAUUUAGUGAGAUGUGCUUUUGAGUAUAAAAUAUGGAUGAUGGUGCUGUUACUGUACCAGGAAACUCCUCCUUUCUGCCUUGCCCCCUAGGGCAAAUCAAAGAAAGAAAGUUUGGGACAUUGUGGAUCCACUUGCAGUGACCCCACCCCAAGGAGCGAAAGCCUAGUUUAAAAUUGGCCACAGCUUUACUGAUUUCAGGUGUAACUAGGCUUUGGCUUAGACACUGGGUGCAUCUGCCUUCUCAGCCUCCUGAUGGAGGGCUGACGCUUGACAGGGUCAAGCCUAAGAUUAUAGGUCCUCCACAAGACAUGGGUCCACUGGGAUGGCCCUCCCAAGCCGCUGCAGGAGCAGACUGCAUGUGAAUAAGAAAGAUGAAGUAAGAUUGUAGUGGAACAAAAAACGAAAAAGCAAAGGGGAUUUUUUUAUUUUUAUUUUUUUGCCAAGAACAACCAACAAAGAUGUCAGUUUAAUGAAAAGGACAAGGAAUAUCAAAUAAAAGAAAUUAUUUGUUGUGCUAGUGCAUUAUUUUUAAUACAUGGCAAGUGUCAUAACAAAGACGUGUCCAGAUUGCAGAUCUACUUAAAGGGUAAUUCCAUAUGGCUAUUCAGUAUUCAUGGAUUAUAUUCAUUCAGUCAUCAUUGACUGGAAAGCUGAUGCUCCAGUGAAAAUGUGUAUGAAGAUCUUGUCACAAUGCAUUAAAAUGAUGUGGAAAGACUUUAUUUAUUAUUUAAAAGCUUUUCUAAACUGCUUAAUAUUCAAAAAUCUCUUAAGUGGUAUUUAAAAAUACAACAUAAAAACAAUUAAACAGUAUCAUAAAAACAGAAACAAACAGUAAAGCAAUAUUAUAAAAAGAAGAAUUAAGUAAUAACAGGUUCCAGUCUCAAGAAGUGGUGAUCUCAAGAAGCAGAAAACCAAUGGAGACGAUUAGGAGGCAGAGUAAAUUAAAAACACACACAUUUUUUUAAAAAAAAACUUAAGAGGAUUUUUUUUUAAAUGCCAGCAUGACCAGAUCACCUUUGAAACUCCUGUAGUAAAAUGUCCCCUCCUCUUCCUCCCCCCUACCCCCUUUUUGCUGUGGUCACUUGUCAUCAAGUAGAGUGGGGGGGGCAGCCCUUCUCCCAAUUCUGAGUGGAAUGAAAGUGGGGAAAGGUCUCCACCUACUUUACCCAUUAUGCCACUUUUGGGGGGAGGCAGGGUUGGGGGGAGCGGAGAAGUUAAGGUACUGCCCCCCACCCUGCCUCUUCUCCCCAUGGAAAACUUCAAGGCCCAGUUUGCUUUCUUAAAAGUGACUUUGAAGGAUAAUUUGUUUGUAUUUUUUAUUAACAAUUUUUAUUUUUAUAUAUAUUGUGACGAGGUCAGUCAUUUAUAAUGCGGUCCCUGGUUGACCAAAGCGGGGGAGGGGGGAGCUUUGAAGUGUGGUGGGUUUUUAAAAAUAUCUCUCUCUGUCUCUGUGUUCCUCAAAAACAAAACAAAAAACCAAAAAGAAAUAUUUGAAAUAUUUCCUGACUUUACUUGUGGUGUGACCAUGUCCAAAACAUUUAUCUCAAAGGGAGAAGGGGGGAAAAACACAACCUUGUAAAAAUAAAAAUAAAAAACGCAAAAAAGUCAAGUCUUUAUUCUGAGCAUUCCAGUAACUCUUUCUCUUUCUCUUCUGUAUAUGUACUUUAGCUGUAGCAUAACUAGUGGGUUUGUAUGAGAUGGCAACGUCAAAGAUAAAAGGGCCUUUCUUUUUUUUUCUUUUCCUUUUUCGUUCUUUUGUCUACAAAGCUGCUGUAAAAAUUUUUUUUAUUUAUUUUUGCCUGUUUGAUGUAUGUGUGAAAACAAUGUUGUUCAACAAUAAACUGGAAUUUUGUUUUGCUGAGUUGGUCUAACAGAAAAACAACAACCUAAGAAGUGAGUUAAGUGCAGAACAAUGAUAAACUGAGAGAAACUAGCAUUGACAGAUUUGCCCAUUCCUAUUUAUUUAUUUUUUUUACAAUAAGUACUAGAUUAAUUCAUUAACUCAAAUACAUAACCGAGUAUAGAAACCAUAAGCUAAAAAACCAAUGUCAUGCUGUGGGAUAGGAGGAAAGAGAAAUCGAAGUUGGAGUUGCUUUAGAGUAACUUUGGCAGGUUUGUGGUUCCAUUCAGAGGGGCUCAGCUUAGUUGCUAUCAUUUUUGUGUAACUGAGGCAAAAUUUGUCCAGAAUUUGAGUGGCAUUUUCUUUCCUAUUACACCCCUAGGAGAAAAUUGUUGCUCCUAAAGAAAUAGUAGAGCCUGAAGUGGUGGAAGAGGAGGAAGAAGAGGAGGAAGAGGCAGAAGAAGAAGGGGAGAACAUAGAAGAAGCCCAGGAAUUAUUAGAUUCAGUUAAAGAAAACAUGGAGCAAAAUGCAGGUGAAUUUUGUUUGCAAUGAAAAGAUAGUCUAGUUAUUUGCAUGCAGCUUAUGUGAAAUGCAUGUCUGCCUUCUGAAUCUUGUUAAACCUAGUCCAUGAGAUUUCCAGUCCAAUAUUCAGCAUGACAUACAGUGUCCUGUUAGUGAAUUCGGGGGAAGGGGAGCAAAAAACAGGAUGUCUCACGUGCCCAAUUAUAAAAGAUUAUGCAAAUUUAAUAAUGUUUUCCUGUAAAACUAGGUCGUCUGGAUGAUAGCUUUGUGGUUAGGUUCAUGAAAGAAAAGCUAAUGUCUAUGCCUUGUAAGAACCAAGGAUAUGUUUUGGAUGGGUUUCCAAAGACCUACGACUUGGCAAAGGAUCUUUUUAAUCGUAAGUAAGAGUCCUCUACUGUACUUGUCGUUACUGUACAUUGCACUAUGUAACAAGUGCUAGUGGCCACAUUUACAAUAAAGUAGUUUUAUCAUAACUGUGAAAUUAUGCUGAAACAAGUGUGUUCAUGAUUAUAACUUGAAAUAUCUAUUCUCCAUUGAUGAUCACUAGUGUUUUUAAGUUACUAGCAGCUCAUAUAUGAGAGAUACGAGGGUUAGGAAAAUCCAGAAGAUCAAGACAGACAACAAAUUCUGCACUAAGGGCAACACUGGAAACACUGGAGAGUUGCAACUACGUUAACAUCUUUUAUUGUUUGCCUUUGUUUCCCUGUUCUCUAGCUUUAGUGUUGUAGCUUGCAAGUGGAUUUAGAAAUCAUGAUAUUUGAAAAUAUAAUGAAAAAGUGCAACUCUGGGGUGGGGAGCGUAAACAAUUUAAGACUAUUUUGCUGUUCCCCCUCUCCUAAAUUGAUUAUUUUGACUGUAUCUUAUACUGUGCUGCUGUUUCCCGCUCUGAGAUAAAUUAUGAAAAAUAAAUAAAAGAUUAUUCCUAGGGGCAGGAAGGGUGAGAACAAAUAAUAGAUGGCGGAGAUCUGUGAGUACGUUUCCCAUCUCAUUAAAUUUUGGCAAAUAUAGUCAACUCACAACUUACUGUACAUCCUACAAUUUCUUUGCCAAAAUUUAAAGAAGCAGGAGAGUCAGUCAUGGAUCUCCCUCAUCCUGUUCUGUUUUGCCCUCUGACAGAGAUUUCCCCCCAGAAAUGUAUUACAAUGCAUUGAGGACACUAUUGUGCCCUGUACACACAAACCCUAGUUGGGAGAAUCUGCAGAGCCCCCUUGAGGAUCUUGGGUGGUUGAGUGUCUGCUUGUAUGGGGAAAAUCAACAGAUCAGACCUCAUUUAAAAUAACUACAUAUGGUAGCAAACUGGUUGAGAGAUAUCUGUAACUUGUGAAAAUGCCAUGGUUUGUGAAAAUGCUGUACAUCAUGGUUAGGUACAAAAAUGAAAAGGAGAGGGAGGAGGAGCAUGGAGGAAAGAUCCUAUGAGCCUGCAGGGUAGGAUGUGUUUGGGGCAUAGUUAGAGAGCAUAAUAGAAAAGUCCUAUCUCUGCUGAGUGAUACUAGACAUUUUUAGUACUGUAAUCUUUAGUGUGCAAGUUUCUAUUGAUGACAUCUUAAUUGCGUUUUUUUAAAAGUUGAAGACGAGGAGGAAGAGGAUGAUCUAAAAGGCAAAAUUCAUCACUAUGACAAAGUAAUAAUUUCUGGUAAGUUUGCUUUGCUUAAGGCCAAACUAGAUGUGAUGGUGGCAGUUCCAAGUAUUUAAACCAAAAUCUGCCCUGGUUAUAUAAGAGGGUGGUUGAAAGUGUCCCAUUUUUAACAACAAAAGAAGGUACACUGAUGGAAAGUACAGCCCCCUUUCUGCAACUUCUCCACCUAACUUAACUAGCCGUGUGGUAUUCUCAGAAGAUUAAUUCUCAUAUAUGUUUUCCUCCACAGACUAUGUAAUUUCCUUGAAUGCUUCGGAUGAAUUCCUGAAAAAUCGUAUCAUGAAUCUCCCUGAAUCUGUUGUUGCUGGAACUCAUUAUGCUCAGGACCGGUACUUGAGAUCCCUGAAUCUUUUCAGGGAGUUAAACACAGAAGACGAAACUGUUCUCAACUAUUUUGAUGAAAUAGAAAUACAUCCACAGUAUAUUGGUAUGGUUGAAAGUGCAUUUAAUUUCUUAAUCUCCCUUUCUCUUUGAGAAACCAAGAGACGAGAGGCACAAUAGCGCUCUCUCCUGAAAUCCCCCAGUGAAAAAGGAAGGGGGAAAAUCUCUGCAAAGGUAGCUUCAGUGAACCAAGAGGCCAAAGUACUGCAACUAACAAUCAGGGCAAUUUCUAACAACUCACACUGAAAUCUAUAGGAGCAAUACUUAUUUGAGAUAGUAAAAAGAGCACCAGUUCAAAGAUCCUGUAACCCAAUGCAGAUUUUUUUUUAAGUCAAUAAUUUUAGCACACACCCCAAGAUAACAAGAAAAUAGUUCAGUUUAGGUUGGAAUACUUUUUGCUCUUCAACCAAUCUUAAGGUAAGAUUGUUGGAACUUUCCAGAAACUAAUCAGGAGAUGGACCCUUAGGACAGGCUCAGCCUCAAGGUGUUGUCUCUUGUGGCUUAAGAAUGCACAGUGACCCUGGGACUUCAGUACCCACCUCAAGAUAAGGACUGUAAAUCCCAAGGUGCUAGCAGUUAACUCAGGGUCCCAAACAGCCUCAAUUUGCUGAAAAAAUGCCCAGCUUUGAAUCAUCACAACUCCAAUUAUUGUCAUGUUUAAGAUAAUAACGUAGGACAACGAUUUUAACUAAGUAACCUUGUGCCUGUGGUGUAACUAAUAAGUUUCCUCAUUUUUCUCUCUCCAUACUUGAAAGAUGUAUCAAAGUUUGAAGGUCUGGAGAACAGAGUUAUAGCGAAAGAAAUCAUCAAAACUAUUGGCGAGCCUCGAAAUUAUGGUUUGACAGAUGAAGAGCUGGAAGAAUUUGAACGAAAACAAGCUGAAGAACGCCUUGCAAGAGAAGCUAAAGAAAAGGCUGAUUUGGAACAAAAAGAAGCUGAGGAAAGGGCUCAAAAAUUGGCAAACUGGGAAGAAUGGGUAAGUAAAUCCCAAAUGCUAGAUAAUUCUAAUAUAAAGAGAUUGCCCCCCCACACACACACCAAAAAAUGCUAACAUGGCACACACAAAUGCCUAUUUGCACAUUGCAGGUGGGAAGAAAUGAGGAGAGGGAGAGAAUUAUUUACAUGAGGCACUACCACUGCUUCUCUCAUGUAACUUUACAGGCAAAGAGAUGCAGUAAUAGAUUACUGAAAGAUUUUAGAUGGCUUUCUUCUGUGUAUCUAGUAAAUAUACUCAAGAGCAGAAUUGGCAACGCAAUGAAUAGGCUGCACUGGGAUUGCAUAACUAUAUUGAUAGUUCCUAUUUAAAGUCAAUGCAGAAGUUUAUUUUGAGAUGAAUCGGUUUGGUCUAAAUAGCAGCCUCAUAUAUAAGUAUCCAAUUCCUUCUCAUGUACCCUUCAAUUUUUGUUAUAAUUGAUUGUAUGUAAGUCACACUGGGAAUGGCUGAAUGGGGUAUAAAUGCUAUAAAUAAAUUCUAAACUUCAUGUCACAUUUCUGCAGCAAAAAACUUAACAGCCCCCCCCCCCCGUGGCUUUAAAAGUUCUUAAUAUUGUGUCUACUUACCUCAGUCUAUGGUGUUUUUUGUACACCAUAGUACUUGGAAUAUAUUAAAGUUUUAGAUUAAGGUACGAAUAAAUAAUAGCUGAAUAGGGGAAGGAACUAUAGCUCAACAGUUGUGCAUACAGAAGAUAUUACACACACAGCAAGUUCAUAUGCAGAACUCCAUGCAAACUGUGUGUCCCAUCGCAUCACACAUGAGGAUUGAUAUACAUUUAUCUUUUUUUUUUUUUUUUUACGAAGAACACAGAAUACCACAUACAUGUGUGAUUGCUACAUGGAACAAUCCGCUUACAGUUGGCAUGGAAUUCUCCACAUGGAAUGGCAUUUGUGCAGAAAACAUCACAGCAGACCUCAAUCAUUUGUUAUUGUGUUAACAUUUUCUUUGAGGCACGUGCAUAAUGGUUUAGGUAUGCAGUGUUAAAUUUCAGAAAUGUGUAUUUAGAUCUAUUUAGAAUUUAAGAACUAAGAACCAGUAAUACAAAAUGGAAUGCAUUUUAUAAAGUCAAAUUUCCUGGACCUAAAUUUGUUUUGGGUUUUGUAUUCUGUCUAAGCAUAGCCUAAAUAUAUAUUUAUCUCUGCAUUUUUUAAGAAUAAACGUUUGGAGGAAGUGAAGCGGCAAGAACAAGAGCUUCUGGAAGCUCAGUCCAUUCCAUUGAGAAACUACUUAAUGAAGCAUGUCAUGCCAACACUUAUGCAAGGCUUGAAUCACUGCUGCAUGGUUAGGCCAGAUGACCCUGUUGACUUUCUGGUAAGGAAAUGCAUUUUCCCUGUAUUUGUCUGUCUGUCUUUUUCUUUUUCUUUUCUUUCUUUUUUUUAAAUGAUAUUUAUUAAGGUUUCAAUAAAAGAUUAAACAGAAAAACAUAAACGAAAAAUACACAAUUCAAAAAAGCACAAUACAUAAUCCAAAAAAAAGAAAAAAAAGAACAAAGAAAAAACAAAAUACAAGACAAAAAGAACAAUUAAAAACAAUAUCACCUUUUCGUUUCCAUCUUUAAAUUUACUUGUUUUCUGGACCUCCUCAUACCUCCCUCUUUUGUAUUCCAGUUCAAAUUGUUUGUCCAGCAAUUUCUUUCCCUCUUUUUUAAUCCCAAUCUUUAAUCUUAAUAUAAUAUAACAUUAAAAUUUUACCUCUUAAAAGCCAAAUUUCCAUUUCCUUAAACUUCUUUAAUCCUAAUCCUUAAUCUUAGUUUAUCUAUAACUUUAAAUCCUGUACAGCUGGAAACCACUCAUUUUCAAUCCAACAUCACUCUAACAUUCUUUAAUUUUACAGUGUUUCUGUAGAUAAUUGAAUUUCUUCCAAUCUUCCUCCACCGACUCUUCUCCCUGGUCACGGAUUCUACCAGUCAUUUCCGCCAGUUCCAUAUAGUCCAUUAGUUUCAUCUGCCAUUCCUCCAGUGUGGGAAGUUCUUGUGUCUUCCAAUACUUUGCAAUGAGUAUUCUUGCUGCUGUUGCUGCAUACAUAAAGAAAGUUCUAUCCUUUUUUAUCACCAUUUGGCCGACCAUGCCCAGGAGAAAGGCCUCUGGUUUCUUGGGGAAGGUAUAUUUGAAUACCUUUUUUAAUUCAUUAUAUAUCAUUUCCCAGAAAGCCUUAAUCUUUGGGCACGUCCACCAAAGGUGAAAAAAAUGUACCUUCAGUUUCUUUACAUUUCCAACAUUUAUUAUCGGGCAAAUGAUAGGUUUUUGCAAGCUUGACUGGGGUUAUGUACCACCUGUAUAUCAUUUUCAUAAUAUUCUCUCUUAAGGCAUUACAUGCCGUAAAUUUCAUACCUGUGGUCCACAACUGUUCCCAGUCAGCGAACAUAAUGUUAUGUCCAACGUCUUGUGCCCAUUUAAUCAUAGCCGAUUUUACCGUUUCAUCCUGAGUAUUCCAUUUCAGCAGCAAGUUAUACAUUCUUGACAAAUUCUUAGUUUUGGGUUCUAACAGUUCAGUUUCUAAUUUUGAUUUUUCCACCUGGAAGCCAAUUUUCUUGUCCAAUUUAAAUACCUCCAUUAUCUGAAAAUAAUGAAGCCAGUCUCGCACUUUGUUUUUAGUUUUUCAAAACUCUGCAAUUUCAGUCUAUCUCCAUCUUGUUCCAAAAUUUCCCAAUAUUUCGGCCAUUUGACCUCCAUAUUGAGCUUUUUCAAGGCUUUCGCUUCCAUUGGUGACAGCCACCUUGGGGUUUUGUUUUCUAACAAAUCCUUAUAUCUUAUCCAAACAUUAAACAGCGCUUUCCUGACAAUAUGGUUUUUAAAUGCUUUAUGUGCUUUGACCUUAUCAUACCAUAGAUAUGCAUGCCAUCCAAAUACAUUGUUAAAACCUUCUAGGUCCAAAAUGUCAGUGUUUUCAAGAAGUAGCCAUUCUUUCAACCAGCAAAAGCUGCUGAUUCAUAGUAAAGUUUAACGUCUGGCAGGGCAAAUCCACCUCUUUCCUUUGCAUCCGUUAGUAUUUUAAAUUUUAUUCUGGGCUUCUUGCCCUGCCAGACAAAUCUAGAAAUAGCUUUCUGCCACCUCUUGAAACAAUCCAUUCUGUCCACAAUUUGCAAAGUUUGAAACAAAAACAACAUUCUAGGCAAUACAUUCAUUUUUAUCGCAGCAAUACGGCCCAGCAGUGAAAGCUUCAAAUUUGACCAAAUUUCUAAAUCUUUUUCACUUCAGCCCAACAUUUUUCAUAGUUGUCUUUAAAUAAAUUCCCAUUUUUGCUGUCAUGUUAAUCCCCAGGUAUUUAACUUUCUUAACCACUGUUAAACCUGUCUCAUUCUGAAACCUCUCUCUUUCAAUCGGUGUUAAAUUUUUCUCUAAAACCUUAGUUUUUGACUUGUUCAAUUUAAAUCCUGCUACUUGACCAAAUUCUUGAAUCAGUUCUAAAACCCUUUUGAUACUAGAUUCUGGCUCCUGUAACGUCAAUACUAAGUCAUCUGCAAAUGCUCUCAAUUUGUACUGUUUGGCUCCGACCUGUAUACCUUUUACCAACUGGUCCCUUCUAAUCAUAUUCAGCAAAGCCUCCAGGACUGAUGCCUGUCUGUCUUUUUCAAUUAUAGUAAAAAAAAAAAAAAAAAGUAUGUCCCAUUUUUUAUUACAUACUUGUGAAUUCUAGACAUGCUACAUUGGUGUCAUAAACCCAACAAAGAUUUUUGUACUGUCCUGCCUUUAUUCCAUCAGUCACUGUGGGCAACCUACAGUUUCACCAGUAAAACUCAUUUGAAGCCCAAAUUUUGACAUUUGCUUCAUUUGUUCAACUGUGAAAAAUCAAACUGUGCACUACAGUUGAUUCCAGAUUGCUUCUUUUUGGCUCACUCUCCAAUCAGUUUUCUUUGCCCCCAAUAGCGCUGUCACUUAGCCAAAUCUAACUGGCUGCAUAGUGUUGCAAUAGCAUUCUAAUUAUGGGUUUUAGGUGAGGGGUAGUACAUCUGGUGAGAAACAUGUCGUGUUCCUUCCGGGGUAGUUUGUUGACAUUAUUAUUAUUAUUAUUAUUAUUAUUAUUUUGGUCCCAACCCUGCACUCCGCUCUGGCGGAUUGAGUGGGUGAGACCAAUAGUGAGUCCAGCGGUCAAGAAGCAGUGCACAGAAAUGGAAAAUGGUGAACAAUCGCACAAUUUUGGAGGGUUUCAAUAAAUACAAUGAUGUUAGUAUAAGCCACUGUUCAGUGCUAUAUGUACGGAAACAAACCUAUAUUACGGUAUGAAAAAUUUGUGACUUUUUUUUGGUAAAUUUUAAAUCAACAGGCAGAAUAUCUCUUCAAGAAUAAUCCUGAAUUUGACUAAGAAGUAUGCAACCUCAUUGCAAUAUCAGGUGUAGUUUCAGAUUAUUAUGUUUCCUCUUUAUCACUGUAAAAUAAUACUGGAAUAAAAAGUUUCAUGAUUGUUCAA